AUGAGCCUGUCAUUCAGAAGAGCUUUAUCAGCAAGUCGUUAUUUUUUUCGUUCACAGCAUACUGAAAUAGGUGUUGUAGCUCACGAAAAAUUUGGUGAUGUUGAAAAUUAUCAUGGACACAUCAAAACCAGUUUGUUACAAAAAUGUAUCCUGAGUCUUGGCAGUGGGAUUGGCUGUCUGAUUAACCCAAGAAGAGCUGAUCUGCUCAGCACAUUUGGAGAGACUAGUGGGGAACUCGCCUUGCGCCAAAUAUUCAAUCGAAUGCUGAAUCAUCCUGAUGGUUGUCGCAUAUUACGUGACCGACCAACUAUUCGUACUAACACAGUUGAUUUAGAUAGCCUUCGUAAGCUGCCUGAGGGUACGUUUGGGAAAGCGUAUACGAAGUUUCUGGAUAAAUAUGGUUAUUCACCUGAUGAAAGACACUAUGUUAAAUUUGUAGAUGACCAAGAUUUGGCUUACGUCAUGCUUCGGUACCGGGAAAUACAUGAUUUGGUUCAUACUUUGCUUGGUCAACCUACUGACAUGCUUGGUGAAGUCGUUGUUAAAUGGGUUGAAGGCAUACAAACUCUUCUCCCUAUGUGUUUAACUGGUGGUUACUUUGGUUCUCUGCGUCUCGCACCCAAACAAACAGAGCGGUUCGUAGAAAGCCAUCUAGAGUACGCAAUUUAUACUGGCAGAGAAGCUCGUUUUCUAAUGUGUGUUUACUUUGAGGAACAUUGGGAAGAUAACUUGGAAGAUUUCAGGUCAUCCUUAAAUAUUCAGUCGCCGCCACCCCCCAGAAAACUGGAUUGAGAUGUGUUUCGAAGCACUUUCAGUUGUGACUUUGUAAAUAGUGUGGUUCGCUCUGUUUUUCGCCAAGCAACGUUUCAUUACAAAUGUCUUAGAAUUUUUAACUAACGUGAAGUAUAUGUCUGUAGUUAGUUUGCUUGGAAUUUGUGUUGCCACAAGAUAACAUUGUGAUAGCUGAUUAUUUAACCCGAUCUGUUUCGUGGACUUUGGCACUUAAUAAAGCUUUAGUACUGUAUCAACUGGUUUUGACUGUUAUAACUUUAUAAAUGUAUAAGUUCCUGGCAUCACUUUAGACUUCGUCAUGUUUGAUCACUAAAUUUAUCUUCUUCAGGUUUGUUGUUUUAACAAUACAACAUUUUAAAUCCGGCAGUUGCAACAUUCAGUAUCGGGAAAUUUUCUCUCAACUCAGUUUCUAAAGUAAAAGGAUGAUCUUUUUUAGUGAUA